AUGGACAAGACCUUCCAGGAUUUUGGAAGUGAAAGGGAUCACCCACCCCUGCGGCGCUUCUCUGAGCCAAACAAUCUCCUACAGCCCAAGCCUUCAAUGUUCCAGCUGAAAUGCGGAGCAAAUGAAGACAACCAGGAAGAGCCGUUCAACUUCCAGGCGCUUGAGAGAGCUCUGAAAAAGGGAUUGGCAAAGGUCUCCCAGCCGCCACCUCUUCCGCUCGCAGCCCGCAGGGUGUCCCUGCCAGUCAUACCAGCCUCCGGAUCCCAAGCAAAAGCUCCCAUAAGCAGAGAUCCUUUCCUGGCUCUGAAAGAUGACAAAGCAGCUAAGAUCCCACCGAGCACAAAGGAAGAGUCCCACGGAGAGCCCAUCUAUUUGGAAUGUGAGCCCAGCACAGUUCCAGCGUCUGCACCCUCCAGAGGUCUUCCUUGUUCACCUCCAGCUUCUUCUUUGAAGCCACCCAAGUCAAAGAUCCUGCCACCUGGAGCCCAACUGGAUUCUGACAUGGAAAACAAGCCUUGGUAUGCAGGCAACUGUGACCGGCAUACAGCAGAGGCUACUCUUCUCCAGUUUAAUAAGGAUAGCGCUUACUUGGUGAGGCGAAGCUCACGCCACGGCUGGAACCAACCGUUCACGCUGGCCGUGUUUUACAAGAAUCACGUCUACAACAUCCCCAUCCGCUAUCUGGAGGGCACCUCUCAGUACAUGCUGGGCAAGGACGGCAAGACUCACGAGGAGCUGUUCAACAGUAUCCCCAGCAUCAUCCAGAACUACACAGAGCGUCCCCUGGUAUUGAUCGAUGGCAACACUUCUGCCAAGGAGCAAACCUGUUUGUUGUUUCCAGUGAAGCCAUGACUUGGGUUCAGGGCUAUCCAGAGAGCAGCCAGCUGUGCUUGGGGGGGAAUGAACGUCACCCCUGGACUGCUUCAUUGUUUUGUCUGGACUGAUGCACAGGGCCCUAAAAUUGUGCUGAAAGUUCUUUAUGUGCAAUUCUUGCUAUCCUUCCAGAGGAACAUGUCAGACUCAUGGCCACAAUCCUGUUAAUUAGUGCAGGAAGUUACACUAGAAUAGGUCCAUUGCAUCAGUAGAGAUUUGAUGAGUCAACUCCUCCAUAAGUUUCAUUGAUUCAAAUGGGCCUACUCUAGUUGCAGCUGACUAUACUAAAGUAAGGCCCGUGGGAAUGAGUUGACAGCACAUAAUAGCAACAGCCAUAGAAAAAGGCUAGUAGUUAUCUGCAGUCAUCACCGCACGAUGUGUUUCUGAACACACGGCAACCAAUAAAUUCUCGA